GUGGAGAGUGUACAGAGAACCCCGCACGCUCAGCGCAGUAAGGAAAAUGCGCCACUCCUGAGCAUCCUUGGGCUCAAUUCCUUUUCUUCUCGGGUUACGGGUGCCGCGGGCCUUCGCCGCAGGUGCCUCCGGCACUCUUAGCUCCGGGAGCGGCCGGGAGUGCUGCCCGCUCCCCACACCCGCUCCCCACCCUCCCGGCGCCGACGCAGUGAGCGGAGGAGCAGGGCUCUUGCUGGCCGCCUGUGGCCCGGAGGGGCGUGUUCUGGGCUGGCGCAGCUCGCUCGGCAUCCUUCUCCUCCCGGCUCCUGGCGCUCUCCUAUCGCCGUCUGCAGUCCCAGGCCCUGCCAUGGGGAAUGUGCCAUCUGCGGUGAAGCACUGCCUCAGCUACCAGCAGCUUCUCCGGGAGCAUCUCUGGAUCGGGGAUUCAGUGGCUGGGGCGCUCGACCCUGCGCAGGAAGCACCCCAGUUAUCUGGACUCCCUGAGUAUGUUAAAAUAGUGGAAGUUGGACCUAGGGAUGGACUGCAGAAUGAAAAGGUUAUAGUUCCUACAGAUAUAAAAAUUGAAUUUAUCAACCAACUUUCCCAAACUGGCUUGUCUGUAAUAGAAGUGACCAGCUUUGUGUCCUCCAGAUGGGUACCACAGAUGGCUGAUCACUCUGAAGUGAUGAAAGGUAUUCAUCAAUACCCAGGAGUUCGCUAUCCUGUCCUUACUCCUAAUCUUCAGGGUUUUCACCGUGCUGUUGCUGCUGGAGCCACUGAGAUAUCAGUUUUUGGUGCUGCAUCUGAAUCCUUUAGCAAGAAGAAUAUCAACUGUUCUAUUGAAGAAAGUAUGCAGAAGUUUGAGGAGGUUGUUAAGUCUGCAAGGCACAUGAAUAUUCCAGUGCGAGGGUAUGUGUCUUGUGCCCUGGGCUGUCCAUAUGAAGGAACCAUCACACCACAAAAAGUGACAGAAGUAUCUAAGAGAUUGUAUGGCAUGGGCUGUUAUGAGAUCUCUCUGGGAGACACCAUUGGAGUGGGAACUCCAGGAAGCAUGAAGAGAAUGUUGGAGAGCGUCAUGAAAGAAAUCCCACCUAGUGCUCUUGCUGUCCACUGCCAUGACACAUAUGGACAAGCCUUAGCAAAUAUCCUCACGGCCCUUCAGAUGGGGAUUAAUGUGGUGGACUCAGCAGUAUCCGGAUUAGGUGGCUGCCCUUAUGCAAAGGGUGCUUCUGGGAACGUAGCCACUGAGGAUUUGAUAUAUAUGCUUAAUGGCUUGGGGCUCAACACAGGUGUGAAUCUUUACAAAGUGAUGGAAGCUGGGGACUUUAUUUGCAAAGCUGUGAAUAAAACCACAAACUCUAAAGUAGCACAAGCUUCCUUUAAUGCUUGACGUGGAUGAACCUGUGACUCAAGGCUGGGAAGAUCCAUUUCAGCUACAGAUACUCAUCUGAAAAUCAUUACUGUCAACUUGUUCUGAAAUGUGAAGUAAUAGACAAGAGUGGGAAAAUGUAAUUUUAAAGAAUAUUACUGGAUGGAUUACAAAAUCGGUGGAAAGCAAUACCAAUCAUUGGUAAAUUGCAAGCUGAAGCUAUAUAAUACAAUUUGUAGACCUGCUUUUGAACUUGGAGAAAAGUCUACUCUUUUGCUCUUAUAGAAAUAACUUUUUAAUUUAGUAGAUGUGAAAAUUGACUUCAGAUUUCCCUAAGUAUCAAAUACUGUGUUAAUACUUAAUCAAGCUGGCUUAGCACAGUAUACAUAUUGUCAGUAGUUUAUGAGCUCCUGCAUAGUGUGCAAAGUGUGUGGCCUUGAUAUGCAUUAUGCCUCUGGAUCUUAAUUUUCCAUUUGCCAAGUCAGUUAAAUUAUGGACCAAGGGCCAAAUCUCCAUCUGACCAUACAUAAUUUUUAGCAAUAGAACUUUUAUAUUUCUAGUAUGGUUAACAUCUGUUAACUAUUUCAAUGACUUUAUCUUGUUCCAAGAGGCUGUGGUCAAUGGCAAGACUCCAUAUCCUGGAAACAUUACGACCUCCCAUGUUUGUUAUAUGUAUCCAGUUUACCAUAUUUUCUCUUUCAUCAGUAAAAACCAGGAUGGUGUUACUCAACUAUUGAAAAAUAUAAGGUCUGACUUUCAUCUCAAUGUCUCAGUUGCAGUGUUAAGAAUAGAUUGAUAUAUAUAUUAUAAUCCACUUUGGUAAUUUUCAGAUCACAUCCAAAUUGCCAAAAGAAAGGUCACUGUAACCCUAAGAAUAUUAAGGCAGUUUUUAAUUGAAAAACAAAACAAAACAAAAAACAAAAACGAAAACAACUGUUUUCCAUUGAUUCAGGUCUACUUUGAUUAAAUCACAUCAUUUUUUUGGUUGACGUUAUGGUUAUUUUUAAUGUUGAAAUGACUGAAAUUUUAGCUCUUGUAAUAGACAUCAUUGUCAGAAAUAACAAAAAUUAAUAUGUCAAAGUUGAGAAGAGCAGGAAGACUACGUUAA